GUACGGAGUACUCCAUAGCAUUAUAGUAAAUCUCGGGCUUCUAUUCCACCCCCAUAACUACGAAACAACGUUGGAAGGGUGAGACAUGGUCCCCAGCCAUUGGCGUGGCAGGAAACCGGUGGCGCAGUAUGGAGUUAAUGAAACCCCUUCCAAGGGCCAGCCCAGCAUGGAAAUGAGUCGUGUUUCAUGAAUCUUUCCCUCAUAACCCUUAUUACCCCGGUCACUCAACCUUUGAAGGUUCGUGACUUACUCUCGUGACCUGUCUUUGUGUCAAAGUACGGGAUUGGUGUACCUUGGUUUCCUCCCGCUCAGCCUUCCUCGUGCCCGCCGUUGCGACCCUGUACCUGGGAGAUCUCGGGGUAAACACAAACCCCCCUCAUGUUAUCAUGUCGACUAUGACCACCUCCACAUUUACGACUACCACUCUUGUUGGAAUACCGUCUGCGAUGAAGAAUGGUGUGACAUUGUCGGAGAACCAGUGUCCGACGUGUGGAGGGAAUGGAGCCUCUCACGAUGCCGUGGAGUCGCAUCGUCGGAUCCAGGAGUUGGAGGGGCAUGUACGGGCUUUGACCGAGCGCGCGGCCGUGACAGCCAACAAGCUCGCCGACUACGAAGACGAACUACGCCGUCUGCGCUCAUCCCAGUCCACCCAUGACAGGACGCAGAGUAACUCCUCUCGACUCUCAUCCUCCUCCCAUACCGCAAAGACCCUAUCCCCGACUCAGGCUACAGGGUCAUCCGAUGCGACGUCCCAAGCUUCGCAACCAACACACAGUCGCCUGUCUACCCUGACCUCUCUGCUCCCCUACCGCCGCGGUAGUGCCGCCACUUCCACUACCAGCACCUCCGCCCCUGCCGCUGCCCCAACGACCCCGACGACGCUCGUCACCCCACUCCAGCAUCAUGCAUCCCCAGCUAGCAGCGACAACGCUUCCGAACUACAGGAUGCGCUGACCCGUGAGCAGAGCCUGCGUAAGGCCGCCGAGUCGCAACUAUCGCUGGCGAGCACAGAGCUGGAGGAGCUCACAGUGCAAUUGUUCAGCCAAGCAAACGAGAUGGUCGCGCAGGAGCGCAAGGCGCGCGCAAAGCUGGAGGAGCGUGUCGCGGUGUUGGAACGCCGGGAUAUUGAGAAGCGGACUCGACUGGAGAGAUUGGAGAAGGCGAUGGCGCGGGUCGAGAGACUGAAGGCUCUGGUUAACGUAUAGGCCCUAUACUGCUUGACUGUGUCCUGUUAUUUGCUUUAUUGCGUUAUGAUUGGGACGAUAUUGGGCUUCUGUUCCCCUUCUUGAUGACGAACACGAAACUUGGGCGUCUGGAUUGGAGGGUUGGGUCUUGUCUUUUCUAUUUGUGAUUCCCCUUUGCAUUCUGGGGUAUUAAGGUCUUCUUUUCCCUGGCGUUUUGAUGGAUAAUUGGAAGGUGUUAUGAUCUGUCUGUUGCAGAUUGAUGUGAGAAUUGCAGUUGCGCAAUAUUGAGAGUGCAAUCGAUCAUCUUCAAGUUCUUUGUUGAGAAAUUUUGUGUCGUCCUUCAGGGUCCAAGGUGCAGGGGAGGUUAGCUUGAAUUUGAACUAGAUCACGUUUU